GCUCCUUCUUUAUUUUCGACAUCACUUGUCGCAUAGGAGACAUCCGACGGUUUCCAACACAACUGCAAAUUCCAGACAUCUCUAUCGAACGGUCGGCCUACACGUAUUAAUCAAUUCCUCCCUCAGUCGCCAAAAUGUCCCGCUUCCCCCAUCUAGACACGGACGAGGAACGGCUCCCACACGGCAUGCAGCGCGUGGGCUACGAUGCCGACACACAAGUUCACACAUACCAAGACGCGGACGGGAGCUACUGGGAGGGCGCGCCGGGUCAGCAGUAUGGGCAGCUGACGCAGGUAUCCGGGGCGUCGUCUGGGCUGGCCGAGGAAGCCGAACACGAUCCCUUCAUCCCGCACUCCGGCUCAGGCGGCGGCAGUCGGCAGCAACAACAGUGGACGGAGAAGAAGCCAUGGAGGCAGGAGAUGAGACCACUUCUCAACUUCUUCGUCAUUAUCGGGCUUUUUCUGCUCGUGCUGACGUGGUGGCUGUACCGCACGUCCGGCGGAAACGAAGUCGCGCCGGAGUGCGGGCAGCAGGCUGUGCCGUACAAGAUUGAGCAGGGCAACACGUGCUGGGCGAUUGCGACGGGACAGAAGAUUAGCAUCGAGGAUCUGAUCAAGGCGAACGAAGGAUUGAACUGUGAUAAGUUGCAGGUCGGAAGCUUUAUCUGCGUGCCCACCGUUGGGGAUGCGGCAUGAAGAUAUCGAGACGUCCGGGGAGUGUGGGUGGUGAGAUGCCGAGUGCUUUUGCUGCUGGAUACCCUGGGGGACUUUUACCAGUUUGAUUUGCAGUUGUGCUUGUCGCUGCCUUUAUACCGCAGGAACUUGAACGGCCAAGCCAGACGUCUCCCCCCCUUACUGGUCUCCGGGGCUUGGUUUUUAGAUGAUUUUGAUGGCAAGCACGGCAUCUCCUACAACAGGAAUAGCACCGGCCCGAGUUCCCUAAUUGCACAAACAAGCCCGGUAUCCAUUCGUUACGACGAGGGCAAGGAAUCGAUUCGCCGUUGGCAGGCCUCAGCAUCGACAAUUUCGAUGAGAUAGUGACGGAGUGAAGUGUCGUUGAAUCCAGUACGACGUAGGUGGAAAGGGCAAUCAAUCAUCAAUUCUCAGGCACACUGCAUCACAUGCAAGAGGUUCGACGCAGCAGCGAAUUUGUAGUAGACUGGCAGAUUGUCUCAAGCUUCAACAACCAUAGUGAGCGGAACUCCUUCAGGCUGCAGAGAGAUGUGGGGGAGUGGCCCCAUUCGGCGUCGAGGGUUGGCUGAUGGUACGGCGGAAAUGGAUUCGCUAAGUGCUCGGAAGUACCGGCGCAUACCCGGGUCCACACUCGGGUACCUUGAGCCAGGUACACUCUCCAGACCCUUAUCGCCGUGACUUGGGAGGACGGACGCGACUCUGCUCUGCAAUCUUUCCGCAGGCGAAAUAAGAUCGACCUUAUCCGAGCGACUGCUAGCAUCCGCC